GAACCUGGCUAGCAAAGUCGGUUGGUUAGACAGCCUGCGCAACUUGCACGUACGGCGUAGCCUCUCGCAGUGUGUCACGCUUGGCGUUCCAGUUUAAGUUGGUCCGCCACACGGUGUGCAACUCUGCCGUGCUUCUUCCAGCGACCAACCACAUCGCAUUCGAUACCACCGUCUCGCGCGGCUUGACUUGCAGCAAAACGCGCGUCCUUGCAUCGAUCGAUCGAUCGUGACUAUUCCAUAUUUCCAGGAUCCUCUUGGUUUCGCCUUGGCUCUCCGAUUUCACGUCGAAAGAAGUUUGACGUUUGACUUGCGACGUUGGGUAAAAAAGGCUCGUGACCGGAGAGAGUGCAUAGUUCGAUUUCGGAGCAAGUCCAUUCGGUGUUUUCGCGAGCAACGCGUUGAGAAAGGUUCAAUGCUCUUGAUGAAGGGGGAUUAGAAGCAAGGGGUUGGAAAGGAUUGAUCGUCGGACAAAGGGUAGACGCGAAAUCGUUCAAACUGGGUGACGGUAGAGGAAAGCAUCGCAGAGUCAGAAUGGCAGACGAGAACCAGCAGGAGAGCCAGCCUGCUCCUAAGGAGCGCAAGCUGAUGAGGCACAUGCCCCUUCUGAUGAAAGUGUUGGAAGUUGUUUUGGCUGUGUUCGCGAUCGGAUUGAUCGUCGAUCCGCUAAACUCGUUCCAGAGGAUCUCGAUCAAGACCCAUUUCAAACUGGACGAUGCUGCGAUCAUCUACAUCACUAUCGCCGGUUUCCUGAUAAUCAACACACUGUUCAUCAUUUGCCAGCUGAUGGGCGAUCGAAUACCGAAGAGAACGUUGAUAGUGUUCUCGUCGGUCGGCGCGCUGCUGCACAUCGUGGCUGGGAGCAUAAUUGUCUAUAAUUGGAGGAAGAUUCUCGGCCCUUACUACAACAACAACGAAUACUAUCCGAGCAAACAGUACAUGGACAUGUUCAUAUCUGGCGCGGUGUUCACGUUCGUCAACGCGGUGGUUUUCUUCCUGGAGGUGUUCUUCAUUAUUUACACGAAGAGCAUCGAGUGAUGGAAAAUGAUGAGAAACGACGACGCAAUCUUUAGAUUAAGAGGAAACGCGUACGAGACACAUUCGUAAGAGGAAUUUGACUCGCAAAUACGUCCGACGCUGCUGGCAGAGGUAAAUCGUCAACGAGUUCAGGAAAUGCAUGAAUAAUUGAUUUUACGGAAAUGAGAAACGAGUGCAAAUUGCUCGAUAUUAAGAAUAAUAACGAAAUAGGGUUUGGCAGUUCAAAUCAUAGGAUAAUCUGAAAAGUUGCGUAUCGAACGAAUUUCGUAAAAAAACAAUGUUAUUUAUAUAGAGACGAUUUGUUAAAAAUUGUCAAGACACGUUGAAAACACAGAAACAGAGAAGAGUUGAAAAGAGGUUGAAAUGAUUUUCCCACCGAAUGUGUUCUGGAUCGUGCACUGAAAAGCGAUCGUACACCAAAACGUCCAAAAGAAAAAAAAAAAAAAAACAAUUCACGAGCCAAAUAUUCAAGGAUUAAUCGUAAGUUCCGAUUCCGUCCGAUCGUUUUCGACGAAACGUCAAUUUAGAUGUCAGACAUUUAUGAACAAAUGUACAAACAGCACAGUGAAUGAAUUUCUACACUGUAGACCGUAGCUUUAAACGAUGUGGGUUAGAAUAAUAAUAAUGUUUUAAAUCAAAUAGAAUUUUUAGCAUUGAUCGCUUUCUUUUUAAGCAACAUUUAGGAAAAUCGAGCAGUUAACAAUCCAAAGAUUUUCUACGUUACGUGUAUUUCAUAUUUUUAAAAGGCUAUCUAUAGAGAUCUAUAUAUUAAAUAUAAUAUAUAUACAUAUAUAUUUAUAAUCCAAAGUCUGUACAAUUAGCGUAGCAUUCUAUUUAAGUGAUAUAAUCGAUAAUCUGUACUUCUUACCUGUAUCAUAUGUGUUUUAUAUGUGUUACGAAUCUCAGAAUUGCCAUGAAUAUUUUAGAUUUAAUUAGUAAAAGUUAUAGAUUACUUUUUAUAUAUUGUUAAUUCUAACUACAAUCGUAGCAUUAAAAAAAAAAAAAAGAAACAUUACAAUUUCUCUUUAUCACACGUUUGUCAACUUCUAGAUCUAUCGUAUAGAUUUAACAGAAAUUCACGUGUCUUUAUCAAAAAUUCCGUCCAAUUUUUAACAUUAUUAUUAGAAGUCUUGUAACGCAAGAUGUUGGCGAGUUAACAUCUUUACAUCGACAAUCACUCGCGACGUAAUUUUAUAAAAUGUAAAAUCUAUCGUUGAGAAAUAUAUAGAAAGAAAAACUUAUUGUAGCCGUAUGCCAUAUAUAUAGUACAUGUACAAAACAAGCGAUGGACAAAUAAGAAAUGUUUUAUUAUUU